GGCAAUUUCCGAAAUUUCGGAGCAAAAACUCCAUUUAAAACGCGGGUUCUCUGCUCCCUUCGCUCCCAAAUCACCCACUCUCUCCUCUCUCUCUCACUCUCUCUCUCUUUCUCUUGCUCUCUCUGCUUCUGCUUCCUUCUUCAAAAACUACAUCACUGUGAAUUUUCUUUGUUUCUCUUCCUAUCUUUUACACUAUAUAUUGUAUAUGUAUACAGAAGCUCUUGUAUAUAUAUAUAGUUCUCUCUCUCUCUUUGUGUAUCUAUUCAUUCUCUCUCUAAAUUUUGGGGAUGGAGGUUUUGCCCUUGGAAGCUCUGCCGAUAGGGUACCGAUUUAAUCCGACCGACGAACAACUCAUCGAUCACUUCCUUCGCUCCAAGAUCACUGGCAAUGAGGACGCUGUUCGUUUCAUUCGAGAGGUUGAUCUAUGCAAAUGCGAACCCUGGGAAUUGCCUGGUAUGUCGCUGAUACCGACGAAUGAUGAUGAAUGGAUCUUUUUCUGUCCCAAAGAUCCCAAGAAUAGAAAAGGAAAGCGAUCGAACAGAUCGACUAAGAAAGGGUUCUGGAAGGCGACGGGUAAUGAUAGGCCGAUCAAGAGUGGUAAUGGAACGACUAAGAUUGGCACGAAGAAGAGUUUGGUGUUCCACACUGGGCGUGCUCCUAAAGGGAAGAGGACUAACUGGGUAAUUCAUGAGUACUGUGCAACCAGUAAAGAGCUUGAUGCCUCUAAUCCAGGACAGGGUUCGUUUUUCCUGUUUAAGUUAAUCAAGAAGCAUGAUAACAAGCUAGAAAGAAAUCAGGAUGAGAGUACUGAAGGUUUGAAUUGCGAUGAAGUUGAGGAGAAUGUUUCUUCUCCUGCCACAGUUGUAUCAUUUAUGCCAUCAGAGCCGGUGACUCCUACGGUGCAUGCCCAAGUUGAAAAUCUACUGUCUAGUAGUAAGAGUUGCCUUGCUCAAAAUUAUGAGAGCUUCCAUGAUAGCUAUGUUGCUGAUGAUCUGGAAUAUGACCCAGAAGUGUCGAGACAUCUUGUUGAUCCGGAACAACCAGAUUCCCUUGCCAAAAUAUUCUCCCCAUUGCACUCGCAGAUGCAGCCAAAUCUUGAAUCUAUGCAUGACUUGCAUUGGCCCUUCUCGAACGAUGUGGGUGACCAUGGACCAACUGAACAGGGUUCUACUGAGUACUUUGCUUCAGUCCCAAGUGAGGCGCCUCUUUAUAAUUAUCUUCUUCAGUUGGUCUCCAAUAGCGACUCAGAUGCAGAAGCGGCCCAGGAACAGGUUGAUCCUGAGCAAUUUGAGCCGAACAAUGAGAGGACGGCUAAUGUAUUUAUGGCAACGUCUGUUGAAGCUUAUAGAACUCCUGAUAUAUAUAUUAGCAAUGAUGAGCAGCAGAGUCCCGAAGGAUCAAGCAGCAAUAGCGAUUCCAUCGGCCAUGGUGAUACCUUUGGAACUGGAAUCAAUUUAAGGACUCGCCAACCACGUGAUCAAUCUAGUUUGAAAAACUUUGGGCCACAGGGAAAUGCACCAAGAAGAAUCCGGCUGCAGCAGAAACUUCAACUUCCAUCAUUUUUCUACAGCAAGUUUACAGGUUUGAGCUUCGAGGAAGAAAACCAUGAAGCAAAAUUAGUAGCGGCUAAGGCUGAAGAAGCCGGAGAAAAGCUUAGUGCUACUGAUGAUCCCGCUGCUGUCAUAGAUGCGUCCCUUUCCAAGUCCAAUCAAGAGCACUUGAGUGACCAAUCUUGUGAAUUGUUCAAUAGUCCUCAAGGAUCAAGCAACGCUGUCAGCAAUGGUGAUACUUUUGGAACUGGAAUCAAAUUAAAGACUUGCCUAACUCGUAAUCAACCUAGUUCCAAAAGCCUGAGGCAGCAAGGAAAUGCACCGAGAAAAGUAUUCCGGCUGAAGAAGAAACUUCAAGUUCCAUCGUUUUACCGCAGCAAUUUUAGAGAUCUGAGCUACAAGGAACAAAACCAUGAAGCAGAAUUAGUAGUGGCGAAGGCUGAAGAAAAGGAAAGUGUCAGUGCUGAUCCAGCUGCUAUUGUAGACGAGGGCCAGGAUACAUCCCUUACUAAGUCCAAUAAUGUCACAAAGUUGCUCAAGAACCGGCUUGGAAUGUGAAAUCCAGAAGGGAUUUUCCAAGAGGCGGUGACAAAGAGGUUACCUGAGUCUUUGUAGGCUCCUCUAGCAUCGCACUCCAUUUUCUCAUCUAGGCAUAUACUUGGUGUACUUUUGACUCUAGGUUUACCCAUUGUUAUUGUGGGUUUAUUGAGAUAUCUUGAGUUUUGAAGUUAAUUAGAGAAGAGAGCUUGUUGUGUGUAUAAUUUUGACCCCCUAGUUAAUGUCUUAACGUUAGAAUACAAUGGAUAGGGAUGAUCAUUUUGCUUAUGUUUAUUUAUGUUUUUUCUUCCUUCUAUCUACUUGUUAUAUAUACAACACCACUUGGUGACUUGGGAUAUAUGUGUAAUCUUCUGAAAUGGAAGCCUUCUUGUACA